AUGACUGUCACUUCCGAAUAUAAAGCGAUGGACGAUGAAUCGUGUGUCGAAACCCUCGUGACUUCCCGAUUCCUCACCGGAUGGAGGCUGCACAUCACAACUCUUGCCCUUCUUAUCAACCUCUACCUCGUCAACCUCGAGACUACCAUCGUCAGCACCUCGCUCGUUACCAUCGCCGACGAAAUGCAGGCCUUCAACCGGACAACGUGGAUCGUCACCGGCUAUCUCAUCACCUACACUGGCUUCAUCAUUAUCUGGAGCAAGUUGAGUGACAUCAUCGGCCGGAAGAUCGCCCUGCUCACCACCCUUGCCGUCUUCAUCGCCUUUUCCCUCGGUUGCGGCCUCGCCCAUACAAUGGAAACUUUGAUCGUGUGUCGUGCAUUCCAAGGUAUCGGAUCUGCGGGCGCUUAUUCCCUUUCCUUUCUCGUCUUCUAUGAGAUGAUCCCCAAGUCCAAGAUGCCCCUGUACGGAGCCUUCAUUGCCGGUGUCACCGCAUUGGGUCUCUCCACCGGUCCGACCUUUGGAGGAUUGUUGAAUGAGUUCGGGACCUGGCGAUGGAUCUUCUACCUCAAUCUUCCUGCCGGAGGUGUUGCGAUCGUCCUCCUCGCCAUCUCCCUGCCUCUGGAAUUUGGCCGAAGCAAAAAUAACAAUGGUUUCGUCCUAUCAGACCUCCGUCGGAUCGAUCUUGUCGGCGCCGUGCUUCUCCUGUCCGGCUCGCUGCUGCUGGUGACCGCCUUGAAUGAAGCCAACGUCGACUAUUCCUGGUCCUCGGCGACGAUCAUCGUGCUCCUUGUCUUCUCUGCUAUCUCCUGGGCAGCCCUUGUCUUCUGGGAAUACCUCACCACCAACAGCAAGACCACCCGACAGGAGCCCGUCUUCCCGACCCGGUUCUUCCGCCAGCGCAACUGGAUGGGCAUGCUCCUGACCACCUUCCUUGUCGGCUUCCCCUCCACUGUCGUGGUGGUCAACCUGCCCGAGCGCUUCCAGAUCGUCAACGGCGAGUCGUCCCUCGACGCAGGAGUCCGACUCCUGGCUUACUCGGCCACCUCGGCCGUUGCAGCCGGCGUGGCGAGUAUCCUCUCGAAGAAACUCCGCAUCCCCUUUGUCUACACCCUGUUCGUCGGAGCCGCCCUGCACACCACAGGUGUCGCCUGUCUGUCUACACUACCGACCUCUUCUCACUUCCCGGGAGUGGGAUACUUUUACGAGAUGUUGGCCGGUGCAGGUGUUGGUGUCACAUAUGGCAUUCUCGUCCUCGCGACCCCAUACGUAGUAGACGAAAGAGACUUAUCCGUUGCUACCGGUGCAAUCAUCCAGUUCCGCUUCCUCGGCGGCGCGAUCGGACUCGGUAUCGCUACAAAUGUGCUGAACGGGAUGCUAAAGUCUGAUCUGAGUGGCAUCCUAACUGCUGAACAGCUCCGUGUGCUACUAAAAGACACCGAGGUCAUUGCCACGCUGAGCUCCCAGACCCAGGAGGUGGUCCGCCACGUCUUCGCCCGGAGCUACAAUACCCAACUGCGCGUCAUGGUGGGUUUGGCUGCUGCGCAGAUCCCGGCGGCAGCUCUUAUCUGGAGAAAGGGAAAUCAGUGGACGUGUUUGGAGGAGUAG